AUGACGGUACCACAAGAACAAGUCGAACGGCGGAGUCUGAGCACACUCAGCUCCGCCGAGAGCCAUGAUUGUUUUGAGUUGGAACUGUCAGGGGCUUGGGAACCCCAGGGCAGUUCAGGCACUACGACGGUUGAUCGUCGUACAAGGACCCACGGUUGUCUUCUUGAGCGAAACAAGGUGCAAUCGUCUGGAGGGCUGUGUCUUCUGUGGAAAUCUGAAUGCCAGGUGGCCAUCCGAUCCGCGUCUCUUCACCACGUUGAUGGAGAGGUCGGAGGUAUUGGCGAUCCAGCGCAUUGGCGUUUUACUGGCUUUUAUGGCUACCCUUCUACGGCAGACAGAUAUAAGUCAUGGCAACUACUCCGUGGUUUGGCUACUGAGUCCACACUCCCUUGGAUCUGUUUUGGGGAUUUUAACGAGAUACUUCACAGUAAUGAGAAGGAAGGGGGAGCGCCUAGACCAAUCAGGCAAAUGCUAGCUUUUUGUCAAGCCAUUUCUGACUGCGCACUGGAGGAUUUGGGUUUUGAAGGGGCUGAGUUUACCUGGUACAGUGCCAGAGUGGGUGGUAUUAAAGAGAGGCUAGAUCGGGCUCUUGCUAAUCUCAUGUGGCAGGGGUUAUUUCCUGCAUCACGCGUGGUGCAUCUGGAACCCAGUCGCUCGGACCACCUGCCUAUUCUCAUUUACCUAAACCAGCAUAAAAAUAAAGACGGGGCACCUUCACCUUGGUAG